AUGUCCUCUUCCGAGGAUGAAGCUGUCCGACGCCCAGGUCGCGGCGGAAGAGCUUACAAUGGCGAUGUGAGCGACGACGACAACGUCAACAUCUCAGCACCAGAGAACGACCAGGCAGACGACAAUGACGACAAGGAUCUUUUUGGUUCUGGUUCAGAGCCUGACCUGGACGAACGCCCACAUCGCUCUCUCGACGACUCGGACCUUGACUCUGGCGACGACGAAGGACGCUAUGACAGAAAGGAGGACCGCAUGGACUUGGGUGAAGACGAGGAGGAAGGGUUUGGCGAGGUGAAAGUAAUGGACCUCAGUCUUGGAAGGGCGCCGGAGCCGCGAUCCACGAAUGCAGAUGUGUACACAAUGGAAAUGCCGAACUUCCUCUCCCUCGAAACGGAAGAGUUCAGACCCGAGACAUAUGUGGCACCACCAUACUCUACAGCUGCGACCUCUCUAUGCUGGCGAUACGAUCCCAAUGACCAGACGAGUCUCCAAUCAAACGCCCGAAUUAUCCAAUGGGAAGACGGCUCUCUCACAUUACAGCUUGCUUCCAACCCCAAAGAACAAUACAGGAUCUCCUCAAAACCGCUAGCACCGCUUAACAAGGCAGGAAACUAUGAUCCCACUCUGGACACACAUACAUACCUGGCAGCUGCUGCCGAGACUGCCUCGGUUUUCAAGAUCACGUCGCAUCUGACACACCAUUUGAAACCAUUACCAACCAAUGCAGAGACCGACGAUGCUAUUCAACGCCUACAAGAGAACCUUAUCGCCGCUGGACGUGGCGGCAAAGCCAACGCCAACGGCAACGGAAUCGCCAUCAUCGAUAUCAAGGAAGACCCCGAAUUAGCCGGAAAGAGGGCUGAAGCUGCCGAAAGGUUGAAACAAAGAGAAGAUCGGAAAAGACAACAAUACGCGGACCGCGAGCAGAACCGCACUGCACGCCGUGGAACGUACCGCCCAUCCCGCGGAGGCCUCACUGCUGCCGGCUUGGAAGAUGACGAUGGCAUGUUCGCGACACGACCCGCCAAGAGACGUCAUCGUACCAAUCGUCAUGGCGAAAUUUACUCGGAUGAUGAAGAAGAGCACGGUCGUCGUCGACAGGAUUCCUACGAAGUUGACGAUUUCGUCGCUGAUGACGACGAAGAGUUGGAAGAAGUAGAAGAUGAAGAAUCUCUGAUUGAUGACGAGAUGGACGCGGAGGGUGAGGAUGAUGACCAGGAGAUAGAAAGACCUGCACCGUCACCUAAAAGGAGAGAAGUGGCUGCUGAAGGCGGUUCCGGGUCGCCGCCUACGAGAAAGAGGAAUCGUUAUCGUGUUGAAGAUGAUGACGAAGAAGAGUAA